AUGGCAAGUGAAUAUAACUGCACUCAAUUCACGGAACCGUUUCCAGAACCUGGUACCGAUGAAGCUAGUAACAGUACAGUACCAUGGUUUAUCACUACCGUAGUCAAAGAUCGUUGGCAAUCUCCAAAAUAUGCAUUGCGUGUCGCAUGUGUUUUGUGCUCUCCUGUUUUUAUUAUUGCAACUUUUGUUCUUUUCAUCAAUGCAGUCAAAGAAACAGAAGAAGAUGGUAUCUAUCUCGACAUUUCAGAUUUAUCGGUGCUCAACGAGUGUUUGUACAUUAAAUUAACCCUUAUGGCAAGCGGAUUUUGUUUCAAGAUUUUACCUUGCGUAUCAAUGCUGAUGUUUUCUGUAUUCCUCCUGCGACAGAUUGAUAAAGGAAAACAGAGCUCAACUCAUAAUCGAAGUGAUAAAAAAGAGAAAAUCGACCGAUCUUCUCGAUUCAUCCAGUUUGUACUGGUGGUGUUCCUAGUCACUGAGUCACCACAAGGAGUAUUCAGUAUUAUUGGUGGAUUUGCUAUCAUAGAUUAUAUCAAGUGA